AUGGUCCUUGCUACAAUGGCCGCCGCGCUCACUGCACCGGUCUAUAUAGACUAUAAUGAGUUCUUUAUAAAUAAAAGCAACAUCCUGACGGUCCCCUAUGAAGAUGUUACUGCCGCUUUCAAGACACCUGUCUCUAUCUACUCCACAGCUGUAGAUGGCUUCGACUGGACACAGCCGUAUCCGGGCUCCCGCAAAGACGGACACACGGCAUACCUGGAGGUCGCCCAGGAAAUGCCCUUGUCUGAGUCUAUCGUGCAAAAUGCAACCACGGUGUUGUCAUCAUUGACGUUUGGUAUCCCCGACAGCAUGAGCUCUGGCGGCCAGCCACUGGCCAUGGAUCCUUCAUGGUACAUCUGUCGCCACGUCUUCAUCUCGACCAGUCCCGAGGCGAAGCUGGCCGUCGACAGUGGCAGCAAAUGCGAUUUCUUAUCUCGGAUAUGUCAGGAUGAUCUUAGGACUAGCCUGACUCAGGAUUGGGGGAAAGCUGCUAAUGGCACCAUGUGCUCGGCGCUUGGCUUCGACCCCAUACCGCGGAGUUGUAAGGACUCGUUUGGCUUCGCGCGCCAGGAUGUCAUGGACUUUGACGCCGCCUUCCUCGCAAAUACUACCCUGGCCCCGGCACAGACGAGCAAGGAGCAGCAGCAGUACAGCUGGCGUAUUGGCACCGGGUAUCACGACCCUGGCGAUGCUCGCGCCUACGCCUUGGCCGCCAAUCGUACUUACCUCGUCGCUACCGUUUGGGGCUACAGCGAGAGUUCAAUGACCAUACAGGUCCCCGAGCACGACCGCGACUACGGCAUCGGCGUCUUCAUCUGCCGCGAGCCCAACGCUAAGACCGGCCUGGAUAGCUACAACAGGUGCUAUGCUGGUAGCAGCAACGGACUUGCCAUACUCGGCCGCACUGUCAACAAUUGA